AAAACCAGCAAAUACUUAUAAGAGAAAAGAAAAGCAAAAGUGCGAAACUAAGAAAGAAAGAAAAAUGUUCAACAUAUUUAGAGGCAGGGACAAUCCCGCCGAUGCCUCACCGCCUUCUCAGGCCACGCGGCCGUCGUCUUCGGCUUCUCAGUCCACCGGUCCCCCGAGGCCUAUACGUCUCGUCUACUGCGAUGAGAAAGGAAAGUUCCAGAUGGAUCCGGAAGCCGUCGCAGCGCUUCAACUUGUCAAGGAGCCCAUCGGUGUUGUUUCCGUUUGUGGUCGUGCUCGACAGGGAAAGAGUUAUAUCUUGAAUCAGCUCUUGGGAAGGAGUAGUGGAUUCCAGGUAGCAUCUACACAUCGACCCUGUACUAAAGGACUUUGGUUGUGGAGUUCACCUUUGAAGAGGACUGCCCUUGAUGGAACAGAAUACAAUCUUCUGCUAUUAGACAGUGAAGGAAUAGAUGCUUACGAUCAAACGGGAACAUACAGCACCCAGAUAUUCUCCUUGGCUGUUCUUUUGUCUAGCAUGUUCAUUUAUAAUCAGAUGGGUGGUAUAGAUGAGGCUGCCCUUGAUCGUCUUUCUUUAGUUACUCAAAUGACAAAGCACAUUCGUGUUAGAGCAUCCGGAGGAAAGACUUCUGCGUCUGAAAUAGGACAGUUUUCCCCAAUCUUCGUUUGGCUCUUACGGGACUUCUAUUUGGACUUAACUGAGGAUAACAGAAAAAUAACACCCCGAGACUAUUUGGAACUUGCUUUGAGGUCUGUUCAAGGGAACAAAAAAGAUAUAGCUGCCAAAAAUGAGAUUCGAGAUUCCAUUCGUGCUUUAUUCCCAGACAGGGAAUGCUUCACCCUUGUAAGACCUUUGAACAAUGAAAAUGAUCUACAGAGACUGGACCAGAUAUCAUUGGACAAACUAAGACCUGAAUUUCGAAAAGGGCUUGAUGAAUUGUUAAAGUUCGUUUUUGAGAGAACAAGGCCAAAGCAAGUUGGGGCAACUAUGAUGACAGGUCCUGUAUUGAUUGGUAUCACCCAGUCUUAUCUUGAUGCACUCAACCAUGGUGCCGUGCCUACAAUUUCUUCCUCCUGGCAGAGUGUUGAAGAAGCAGAGUGCCGCAGGGCUUAUGAUUCAGCUACUGAAGUUUAUAUGGCUUCUUUUGACCGUUCCACGCCACCUGAGGAAGUUGCUUUGAGGGAAGCUCACGAACAAGCAGUUCAAAAGUCAAUGGCUGCUUUUAAUGCUAGUGCUGUAGGAGUUGGUGCAGCUAGGAAGAAAUUUGAAGAUCUGCUUCAAAAAUUCCUCAAAAAGGCUUUUGAGGAUUACAAAAGGAAUGCAUUCAAUGAGGCAGAAUUACAGUGUAGAAAUGCCAUACAUGCUAUGGAAAAGAGGCUGAGGGCAGCUUGUAUGGCUUCUGAUGCUAAGAUUGAUAAUGUUGCAAAGGUUCUUGACGCUAUUUUAUUUGAAUAUGAAAAGUCAGUUCAAGGUCCUGGAAAGUGGCAACAACUUGCUGGCUUCUUACAGCGAAGUUUUGAAGGCCCUGUGCUUGAACUUUUCAAGAGGGUAAUAGAUAAAGUCGAAUCAGAGAAGAGUUCUCUUGCUUUACAACGUCGGAUGAAUGAAGAUAAGAUGACCUUACUGACCAAGCGGCUGGAAGCCAGCGAAGGUGAAAAGUCUGAGUACAUCAAGCGCUACGAGGAUGCCAUCAAUGAUAAGAAGAAAUUAACUGAUGAGUACAUGAAUCGCAUUACUGAAUUGCAAACUAAUCGUCGCUCACUGGAUGAUAGAUAUUCUAGCUUAUUGAAGACAUUAGAUUCUACAAAGCAGGAGUCUAUGGAAUUGAAAAGAAAAUAUGAACAGGUUUUAUCAAGGCAGAAUGCUAAGGAAGAUCAAGCUAGUUCUGAAAUAUCAGCCCUCAAGUCCCGCAGUAAUGCAGCUGAAGCAAGGUUGGCAGCAGCAAAGGAACAAAUUAAAUCUGCUGAAGAGGAUGCUGACGAAUGGAAACGGAAGUAUGAUAUUGCUGUCAGAGAAGCGAAAUCUGCUCUAGAGAAGGCAGCAAUAGUUCAGGAGCGCACAAACAAGCAGACACAGUUGAGGGAAGAUGUCUUGAGAGAAGAAUUCUCUGGAACAUUGGCUGAAAAAGAUGAAGAAAUAAAAGAAAAAACCGCAAAAAUUGAGCACGCCGAGAUGUGUUUAACAACUCUGAAAUUAGAAUUGAAGGCUGCUGAGUCCAAGAUAAGGAGUUACGAUACAGAAAUAUCAUCACUGAGGAAUGAAAUUAAAGAUUUGACUGACAAGUUGCAAUCUGAAAAUGCCAAGGCCCAGUCAUAUGAGAGGGAAGCGAUGGUAUAUCAGCAGGAGAAGAACCAUCUUGAGCAAAAGUACCGAUCUGAGUUCAAAAGAUUUGAGGAGGUUCAAGAAAGGUGUAAAAGGGCUGAAAAAGAAGCUGCAAGAUCUACUGAAGUGGCUGAUAGAGCACGGGCUGAAGCAGGCUCGGCUCUGGAGGAGAAGAAUAAGAUGCAUAGUGUGGCAAUGGAAAGACUGGCGGAGAUUGAGAGGGCUGAAAGGAGAAUUGAAACUCUGGCGAGGGAGAAGGAUAAUCUGGAAGCUGAAUUGCACAGAGCAACAUAUUCAGAGAAGGACGCACUUACCAGAGUUGCGAAGCUUGAGGAGAAGGUGCAACAAAGAGAGAAAGAUUUAGAAGCACUUCUGGAUAAAGAUAAAACCCACAGGAAAAAUAAUGCCGAGAUUCUUGAACAACUUUUGGAAACAGAACGUGAAGCACAUACACAGGCAAAUAACCGUGCUGAGGCUCUUUCUCUGCAGCUACAGUCUGCACAAGCCAAAAUUGACUCCCUACAUCAAGAGCUGACGAAGUAUCGACUGAAUGAAACAUUAGACAGUAAGUUAAAAACAUCCGAUGGUAAGCGAUUGAGGGCAGAAAAUGACAUUGGUUUUGAUUCUGUACAAGACAUGGACGCCAGCCCUAGAAUUUUAAGGGGAACUAAAAGAGCUAGGAGUACAUCCAGUCCUAAAUACACUCAGCCAGAAGAUGGUGGUUCAACCUUCGAGGGCGGAGAGGACAAUCUUAGUCAGCAAACAAAUGAAGAGGAUUAUAAAAAGUUUACUGUCCAGAAGCUUAAGGUAGAACUGACAAAACAUAACUAUGGUGAUCAGCUGCUUCGGUUGAAGAAUCCCACCAAGAAAGAUAUUCUUGCUCUGUAUGAGAAGUGUAUUCUUCAGAAGGCAUAAGAGGUUUUAAAAAGGAUGUGUAUUAGUAUGCUGCAUGUAAUCACUCCGUCUAGGUCUGUCUAAAUAUCAUUGAUGCCGUGUUUAUGGACUAUGAAAUAUUGAAUGAGUUUCUUUUUUUUGAGUGGUUUGGAGGAUGUGUUCUUGUGUUUGCUAGCAAUGAUUAUCAUUUAGGCCAUACAAAGUUUUGAUGGCACGAUCUUUAUUUGUUAA